CUCUGGUCGCUUUCCAUGACACCGUGUUUCCACCUUUCUUACCAUCCUCCUCUUUGUAACUCCAUUUUCUAGUGAAGGAAGAUCUGCAGAGCUCGCUGAACUUCUCCAGCAGUAUUACAGGUGGGAAUUUGAUUGGUAUUCAAAUCCAAACAAAAGGAGUCCAAUUUGUGUCCAGCUAAAGCUGGGGCUUGUUGGAUUGGCUAGCUUGAUUCCACGGACCGGGAACCACAGAAAAGAGAUCUGAACCUUAUGCAUCGACCCCAUGGCAUCAACAAGCAAUUGGACUGACAACUAACAACUACUUUCUGCUCCUGAUUCUGUACCUGCACAAUCAGCUUUCCACGGACCUCCCUCUCUGAGAUCUGAGCUGCUUGUCCAAAUAGCUUCAAAGUGCAGAAGAACAGCAUAGGAGAUGCAAGGGAUCAUGGUUAGUGUUGCCACCGGGGCGAUGAACUCCCUACUUGACAAGCUUACCGCUUUGCUGGGCAAGGAAUUCAGGCUGGACAAUGGGGUGAAGCGUGACAUUGCCUUCUUGAAGGAUGAGCUUAGCUGCAUCAAUGCUCUGUUGGAGAAACUGGCCAACAUGGAGGUUCUUGACCUGCAGACGAAGGAGUGGAGAAAGCAAGUGAGGGAGAUGGCCUACGACAUAGAAGAUUGCAUUGACAAUUACAUGCACCAGUCUUGCCAAAAGAGAUCUAGUGGAAUAAUCGGAUUCUUCCAUGUGUAUGUUCAGAAAGUAAAGGACCUGUCAGGUCACCAUGGUGUUGCUCAGCAGAUAAAAGAGCUCAAGGAUCGAAUUGUUGAAGCAAAGCACAGAAGAAAGAGGUACAAACUUGACAAUGAAGUUGAUCCUGGAACCAACAAUGUGUUGUCUAUUGAUCCUCGAUUACCUGCACUCUAUGUUGAGUCAUCUGUUCUAGUUGGUAUUGAUAUUCCAAGGCAUCACCUCAUUAACAUGCUAGAUGAUGGGGAACAGUCAUUGAAGGUAAUUUCAAUUGUGGGACUUGGAGGACUAGGGAAAACUACCCUUGCAAAUGAAGCUUAUAAAAGAAUUAGCUGGCAAUUCGAUUGUAAGGCUUUUGUGUCAGUGUCCCAGAAACCUGAUGUGAAGAAGAUUUUAUGGGUCAUACUUUCUCAAGUCAAGAAUCAAGAUUGUGCUAAUACAGAAACAGGGGAUGAGAAUCAGCUCAUAAAUGCACUUAGAGGUUUCCUUAAGGAUAAGAGGUACUUUAUCGUAAUUGAUGAUAUAUGGAAUACCCAAGCAUGGAAAACAAUUAAAUGUGCAUUGCUUGAUAAUUCUUGUGGUAGUAGGAUACUAGUGACUACGAGAAUUGCUACUAUUGCAAAAACAUGUUGCUCUCCUCACCAUGAUACUGUUUAUGAGUUAAGGCAACUGAGUGAAGCUGAUUCCAUGAGUUUAUUUUAUAAAAGGAUUUUUGGCUCAGAAGACUCGUGCCCAAUUAAUCUUAAAGAUGUUGCAACUGACAUCAUUAAAAGGUGUGGUGGUCUGCCGUUGGCAAUAAUUACUAUGGCUAGUCUACUGGCCACUAAAUCAGGCAGAAGAGAAGAAUGGCUAGAUGUUUGUAGUUCGAUUGGUCUGGGGCUUCAGAAUUACAAAGUGGAAGAAAUGGAAAGGAUUUUAUCCCUUAGUUACAAUGAUCUUCCCUACCAUUUGAAGACAUGCUUACUGUAUUUAAGCAUGUAUCCAGAAGACUACAAGGUUGACAUGUUUCAGCUUGUAAGGAGAUGGAUAGCAGAAGGAUUUGUUAAGGUCAAAAGUGGGAGAAAUUUAGUAGACGAAGGGAAAUGCUAUUUUAAUGAACUUAUCAACAGAAGUUUGAUCCAACCAGUAAAUAUUGAACUUGAUGGUCAAGCAACAGCAUGUCGUGUGCAUGAUAUGAUUCUUGAUCUCAUUGUGUCCAAGGCAGUCGAAGAAAAUUUUAUCACUCCCAUUGGUGACCCAACGCAAACACUGGUUUCCCAAGAAAAAGUUCGCCGACUCUCAAUUGACUACCGUGCUCCAGAUGCAGUGAUUUCUGACUCAUCCUUGAUCUUUUCACAUUCUCGAUCUCUUAGCAUAUUUGGAUAUUCUGAAAAGAUGCUUUCCUUUUCAAACUUUCAGGCUCUAAGAGUGUUGGAUCUAGAGAGUAGUGUGAAAUUGCAAAACUGUUAUCUUCAGAACAUUGGCAAUCUAUUUCAGCUGAGGUACCUACGGAUUGCAGCAAGUAGCAUCACACGUCUUCCGGAAGAAAUAGGAGAGCUACAAUUUUUGGAAAUACUGGAUCUGCGUAGUACAUGGAUAAGAAAAUUACCGGCAAGUAUUGUUAAAUUGCGCCGGUUGAUUUUUCUAUUGGUUAAUGGUUCGCAAUUACUGGAUGGAGUUAGGAAUAUGCAGUUUUUGGAGGAACUGUCAGGUGUAUCUAUAUAUAAUGAAUGCUCAAAAAAUUCUCUGCAGGAGUUGGGCAGUCUGACCAACCUGAGAACUCUUCAGCUAACUUGGCACAUUAGUGCUUCACGCAGUGACAGAGCAGUGUACACAGAUAUUUUGGCUUCAUCCCUUGGCAAACUUGUUAGUUCCAAACUUCGGGUUUUGCGCAUUAUCAGGGGACCUGGUUCUGCUGACAUCGCUAUUGAUUCUUGGUCCUCACCACCUCACCUCCUAAGGGAAUUAUACAUCCCUCGGUGCUGCUUUAAAAGGAUCCCAGAGUGGAUGACCUCAAUGGCCAACCUCUACAGGCUGUGCAUUAGGAUUAAGCAAGUGACCCAGGAGAUCCUCGAUAUUCUUGGGGGUUUGUCUUCACUGCUAGACCUGGAGUUACGGUUAGAAGCUGGGGAUGAACCCAUGGAAAUGCUGAGUCUCUGCAACAGUAAAUUUCGAUGUCUGAAGAUCUUCCGCUUGUAUGGCCCCAUUAAGGGUCUGGUGUUUGAGGCUGGAGCUGUUCCACAGCUCGAAGCAUUGUCAAUUGAAAUCAGAGCAUGCGAGGAACAAUCUGCAUUUGCCGAUCACCCUGAUCUGGGUAUCCACCACCUCGCCUCGCUCAGGGAUCUCAAUGUCUGGAUUAAUUGCGAAGGGGCAAAGGUUGAAGAGGUGGAGGCGUUAGAGGCUGCCAUCACUGAUGCAACCAAUCUGCUUCCCAACCAUCCAACACCUCGUUUCUACAGAGACAAUGAAGAGGGGAUGGAGAAAGAUGGCGCAUGUGUGAAGGGAGGAUGAUGAUGAUGGUUGUAUACGUGGAAGACAUCUAGCAACAGGAAAGAGAUGCAGAAAUGAUCUUUCUUCUUGCUCCAACUCCAAGGCGUUGCCGCGCACAAGCUGGCAACAAUGUAACGCAUGUAAAUAUCUGAGCCUAUGCUGCAGAAUGAACAACUUCUGUAUGAUCAUAGUUCUAAAUAGUGGGCUAAGGGGUUUAGCACUAGACUCUAAAAACAGCUAAUGGCGGGUUAAUGAGACUAUAGUAGCUAAAUUGUACAUGUGAACACAUAGCUGUACCUUGUCAUUGCAAAGCUGAUUCAACCCUCGCGCGCCAGCGUGCUUCCUGCCGCGUGACGUGACGCAGCGAGCCGAGCGGCAGGGGGUGGGUCCGCAUGACCAUGUGAUGGUGGUGCUACGCGUGAGUGUUUUUUUUUCUUGGGAAAAGUGUAUUUUUCCGUCCCUCAAAUAUGGUAAAAGUGUGACAUUCAUCCUUAUAUUUAAUUUGGUGCAAAUCAA